AAUCGAAACUUUUCAGUUGGUUAUUGAAUUCAGCUGGAAAUAUCCGAUGUCCGUGGUCAGUCUAUGCAUAAGAUGUCAUCGAUGAGCAGACGGUGUGUGUGUAUGCCAGCAGCAGACGUCAGACGAGAAGGUGACCGACUAGAAAAAAAAAUAUAGAAGAAAAGAAGAAUGCGAACCAAACCAAAGCUUAGAACAGCAGAUUGUUUUCAGUUUUCUAGUGCUCCUUCCUUGUUUUCGUUUUUUAUAUUCCCCUAAACCUGCAACGGCAUUAACUCAAGAAGAAAUAAAAGAAAAAGAAAUCGCUCUCUACAUUUUCAGAUUCAAGAAUUUGAUCACUCAUUUGCUGAACUUAGGCUACUUAGCUUUGUGAAAUCCCUAGAUUUCCAGUUCUCUAAGCAUCGUAAAGUCGCGAAAUGGCGUUCUGGUGGCCUAUAAGUGUUCUCGUUUUCGCCUAUACUAUCUGCCGGUUCCUGCUGAUGCUUAUCCUUCCCAAUGUGCCAUCAAUCGACGCCGGCGCCUCCGAUGUGUUGGAUGGGAAUCAAACACAGGAGAACAGCUUCAUAUAUGCGAGUAUUUCCUAUACCUCUGAGAGGAAGGACACAGCAACAGGACCAAAAAGUCCAGUGCUAUGAACCUGCAACUGUGAAGUACUUGGGAUAUUUCCCUGCCUUGUCACCUACUGAGGUCAAGCAUCGUGUGGCACAGGCUAGAAAGGCUCAGAAAGUAUGUGCCAAGAGCAGCUUCAAGCAAAGACGCCAGUUUUUGCGGAUACUUCUAAAAAUUUCUUCGCGCGAUACUGGAAGGACUAUGGUAGACAUCUCUUUAGGAGAAAUAAUGACAACAUGUGAGAAGAUCACUUGGCUUCUAUCAGAGGGUGAGCAGUGGCUAAAGCCUGAACAUCGGUUUCAGAACAAGGAAGUUGGUCUGGGUGUUUCGGCUUCCGACUAAUUCAAGCUACACUUGCUGCUGUAGGAGAUCCUGAAAAUCUGGUUGACAUAAUUACAGGGUUUGCUGAAACUGGAGAAGCAUUUGUGGCUUCAGUUGAUAAAAUCAUAUUCGAUGGAACACCUGGUGUGGAUCAUGAGAAAUGCUGCCAAUACACUUAUACCAGUUACACUUGAGCUUGGUGGAAAAGAUGCAUUUAUUGUUUGUGAAGAUGUAGAUGGCUGCCCUUCAAUCAAGUGGGCAGAAUUGUGCUGGGGCUGAGAGAUUUUAUGUCCAUAGAGACAUCUAUUCUUCAUUUGUCGGUGAAAUUGCUAAAAUUGUAAAAUCUGUUUCGGCUGUAAGUAAUUUUUUACCAGUUUUAUAUGUAGAACAUUUUUUGCAACGUUCGAACUUCUUUUUUUUUUAGUUUUACUUGAUGAUCUUUUGACUGUUAUACUAAUACCUUAUAUUUCACAGAAAACAACAGUUUCUAUUCAGUACUAUCUACUCAAUAUCUGUCUCGGUAUGUGUGUCUCUCUGUUCUGUGUGGACACGUGCCCAUCUGUUGUCACUUUUCAUGUCAUACUCACGUAUUAGUAUUUUAACUUGCACGUGUAAGAAGAGGAAGGAAAUAAUGAAAGACGCUGCUGGACUUGAACGGGACAAAACUAUAGAACUAUUGGUAUUGGCUAUGAGUGCUACUGCAUUAAUCUAUCUCUAAUUACUCUUUUGUUUUUCUUUUGCUUAAUCUAUCUGAAAUUAAUCAGAGGAAAGCUUAUUGAUUCAUGAAUUUGUAAGGAAGAACAAUGAUAUAUGAGAAGACACUUUAGAUUAUUUAAGUUUUUCUUGUAAAUUUCAUUAUUUAGAAUUCUAUUUGGAGUUUUUAUAUAUGUGAAAUUUGAAUUGUCUAAAUAUAUUAUAAUUAGUAUUUUGUGUUUGUUCUCUUUUUUCUAUUAGGUAUAUUUUUCUAAAUGAUUUAGGCUUCAAAUAUCUGUUCUUUUGUUUUUAUUUCUUUUUACAUGGUUCCACAUAAGAGGGAAUGAAACAGAGAUUGAGUAUUGAAAAUUUUUAGGUUGGCUUCAAUGGGUUGCAGCUUAUUUAUUUAUUUAUUUACUUAUUUGUGUUGCCCUACUUAUAGCAACGCAUAAACCAGGGAACAUGAUAGUCUGUACGCUGUAGCAUGAUUUGCAUUUGAUGUAUUACAUGCCACAUGAAAGUUUUAUUUUUGAGUGGAUAUUUUCUUUACUGAUGUACAUAUGAGAGAUUUGGUCCAACAAGUGACUUAACUGCAUCAAAAUCCAUCAUUAUGUCUUCACCCUGCUUCUCUUGAUUGCCCAAUUGAGACUGGUAGUUUGUUGAAAUGAGGAAAAUAGUGAUCUUUAAUCA